CACCAUCAUCUCCUCAACCUCCACCCUGGAUAAACACGCUCAAACCCUCACACACACUCCGCGGAGACAGACAGGAGUGUGUGUGUGUGUGUGUGUGUGUGUGUGAGAGAGAGAGACACUGAAAACAUUCAUUUAUUUUAAAAAACAUAUUUGAGUAGUUAUUAAUGUGGAUGGAGAAGCGACGUGGGCUUAGUGGAGAGAUUCUCCUGUUUUUAUGGCUGAAGUUGUGAUGAAGUGAAGAUGUGGAUUAAAAUCGGAGAACUCCGGGAUCCAUGCAGAUGAACGAUCUCACAGGAAACGGCGACUAGCGAGAAGUCUGACUGACAAGGCUACAACUUCUUUGAAGAAACUUUUUUAAAAAGCCGCACAGUUUAAAAAAAAAACUUUCAAAGCCUCACAGUGGCAUUGAGCAGCACAUCGGACCAUCUGAGGAGUAAAAACUAUUUCUGUUUUCAUCUUUUCAGACGUGUGGCGCUUUUUACAAUCCAUUUCUAAUAUUUAUUGGCAGAUUUGCUGCAAAGUUUGGAGAAAAAAGUGAAUUUUUUCCCUUGAUGACGCACGUCACAUGCUUAUGUGACAGAAAACAACUUGAGUAAAAAGUGAAUUAUGUAAAGACUUUUGUCUGAUGAUUAGCGCAUGCUAGCAUUUCACAUUUAGCGCUGUUCUCAGAUUAUAUAAUGACUGACACGUGCAUGUUUUACUCUUUUUCUGACGGCUAGCUCUCUAUUUUGUAGCCGUAUUUUGCAAUACAUUUCAAUCUGCUAAAGACUGUAAAGUAAAUUUUUACAAAAUUCUGAAUCGGCUAAAUCAGCGCUAGCGCUAGCAUGCUGCCUUUACAAACCUAAACAUCCUAAAAUCAAGCCUCAGAUUCCGUGUUUUAUUUCCGUCGUUGUUAUCCGUUGCAAAUGAUUUAGCAGCCAUGCAGCUAGCGUUAGCGUUAGCACUGCAGGCGUGUUGGGUGUGUAUUAGCCGUGCGAUACAGCACUCUCCGGCCUCAUGGGGGCACUACGACGUCUGCAGAUCACAACUUUACACAGACGAUGGACUCGUGUGGCAUUACAUGGCGUGCCAGCCGGAAUCCACCGACAUGACCAAGUACGUCAAAGUGAAUCUGGAGCCGGAGAACAUCACGUGCGGAGAACCGCCCGAGAUCUACUGCGCUCUGGAGAACCCGUACAUGUGCAAUAACGAAUGUGACGCCGCUACAGAGGAACUCGCUCACCCUCCCGAGCUCAUGUUCGACGUUGAGGGUCGAAACCCGACCACAUUCUGGCAGUCGACCACGUGGAAGACGUACCCCAAACCUCUGCAGGUGAACAUCACGCUGUCGUGGAACAAAACCAUCGAGCUGACCGACGACAUCGUGAUCACGUUCGAAUCGGGUCGACCCGAGCAGAUGGUCCUGGAGAAAUCUCUGGACUACGGGAGAACGUGGCAGUCGUACCAGUUCUACGCCACCGACUGCCUGGACGCCUUCGCCAUGGAGCCCAGGUCCGUGCGUGAGAUUUCCCAGCGCACGCUGCUGGACAUCUUCUGCACCGAAGAUUAUUCCCGAGGUUACGUCUGGAAAUACGACAAAACGGUGCGAUUCGAGAUCAAAGAUCGUUUCGCGCUGUUCGCCGGCCCACGACUGCACAACAUGGCGUCUUUAUACGGACAGUUAGACACCACCAGAAACCUGAGGGACUUUUUUACACUGACAGAUUUACGGGUCCGACUUUUACGGCCCGCGACGGGAGCCACGACGGUGGACGAGGACAAUCUGUCCAGAUAUUUCUACGCCAUUUCAGACAUCAAAGUCCAAGGCAGGUGUAAGUGUAACCUCCAUGCCAACUCGUGUGUGUUUGAUAAAGGGAAGCUGAGCUGCGAGUGUGAACACAACACGACGGGACCCGACUGUUCACGCUGUAAAAAACACUAUCAGGGCCGAGCGUGGAGCCCGGGGUCGUACCUGCCCAUUCCCAAGGGCACGGCUAACGUGUGUGUUCAGAGCGGUCCAGCAGGUCGGCCGAACGUCUCGUCUCUUGGAGUCGCAAAUCGAAAUCAAGCUCGAGUGUGUGACGACGUGCUGCUGCGCUGUCAGAACGGCGGAGUGUGUGUUCAGCACCAGCGCUGUCGCUGUCCUCCGGGAUUUUCCGGAGUGUUGUGUGAAACGGAGCGAUGCCGCGGUGGCCAGGCCUGUGAGGAGCUCCGAUCAGGACGUGACUGUCUCCGUCUCUCGUCUCUGCCACUCUUUUAUUCCCUCGUUCUCUCGCUCUCGUCUCUCCGCCGCGUCUGA